AAUUCUUACACGUUUGAGAAAAAUCUUGAAUAAAGUUGUCCUCUCAUAUCCUAUAAAUUCUCCUGGUCCACCCAUUAAUAAUCAAUUAACAAAACCACAAUACGUAACUAAUAAAACGCACUAAUCCCAUUAUCCCACGAUCAUCAUCAAUAUUCACAAACAAAAAUAACUACCCCCUGUUUCUCUUUCUAUACAUCGCAAGUCCCUUCCCCCCGCCCCCUCCCUAAUUAAGUUAAACCCACUUACUAUAAGUAUUUUUUCUUUUUUUUGGAGUUACGUACAAGUCAAAAGGAGCAAGAAAUAGACAGUUGUUAUUGUAAAGGAGAUAUGAGAGGAGAUAUAGAAAGUAGGGGAGAAAAAAAAAGGGGAAACAAUCAUUCUACCUCGUAUGCUGUUGAGGAUAGAGAUACAUCGUGGGUUUCUUGGUUGAUACCUUUGUUUGUGGUGGCUAAUGUUGCUAUGUUCGUUGUUGUUAUGUUAUACAACAAUUGUCCCAAACAUGAUCAUGACGGUUGUGUUGCUACGUUUCUCGGAAGGUUUUCUUUCCAGCCCUUGAGAGAAAAUCCUUUGUUUGGACCUUCUUCUUCAACGUUGGAGAGGCUGGGUGGUCUUGAAUGGAACAAAGUGGUCCAUCAGCAUCAAGGAUGGAGGCUUAUCACGUGUAUCUGGUUACAUGCUGGUGUUAUUCAUCUGAUCGCGAAUAUGUUGAGUCUUGUAAUCAUUGGCAUACGCCUUGAGCAGCAAUGUGGCUUUGUGCGCAUUGGAAUUAUAUACUUAUUGUCUGGCGUUGGUGGGAGUAUACUUUCUUCCUUGUUUAUCCAGAGAAGCAUCUCUGUUGGUGCUUCAGGGGCACUCUUUGGCCUACUUGGAGCUAUGCUUUCUGAGCUUAUUACGAAUUGGUCAAUUUACACCAAUAAGGUUUGUGCACUCUUGACGCUUUUGGUGAUAGUUGCCAUCAAUCUAGCAGUUGGAAUCUUGCCUCAUGUGGAUAAUUUUGCCCACAUUGGUGGAUUCUUGACUGGAUUUCUCCUUGGCUUCGUUCUGCUUCCACGCCCUCAACUAGGGUGGAUGGAACGUCGGACUCUUCCAGCUGGUGUUCGUGUGAAUUCCAAAUACAAGGCUUACCAAUAUGUACUGGGGCUGCUUUCUCUGAUUCUACUGGUAGCAGGUUUUACUGUCGGACUAGUGAUGCUGUUCCGCGGGGUUAACGGAUAUGAUCACUGCCAUUGGUGCCACUACCUCAGCUGUGUUCCUACAUCUAAAUGGAAGUGUGAUGGACAUUAACUAGAGAUGCUUGCACGAUUCGGCCUGUAAAGCAGUCGUUAAUUCAUUUGUUUCUUUUAGCAUGUUAUCUUCUUUUUUAGUUUUUACCACUAGAUAUCUAGAUUUAGUUUGUGUUUAUAGAACUACGGUUUUCACUUAUGAAUCAAUCUAUUCUCAGUAGAUAAUUCUUGUCGAUGAUUUUGCCUUGGAGAAAUCAGAGGGCUUUCCAGCA